UGUCCGACCUGAUCGAUAAGUUGACGGAGGUUUAUACAAGCUUGAGAUGCUUUGGUAAUUAGCCGUAUGAGCUUGUACCGAUCUGCUUUGAACCUGUUGAAGUUCCCGUAAGUAACCAUGAGAUGGCGCCAUGUACACAGUUACCUCCCGUGAUGAACAUCGAUGAAGCAGACCUGUUGCUGAGAUUCUCUCAUGUGUUGAGACGAGCGAGACUACACCGUGUUCAGGUGAACGUCACUACCAAAAAUUUAUCGAUAACGACAGUGAAGCGGUUUUCCCAACAACAGGUAAACAGCUGCCAAAUGUGUCAAAAAUUCCAAAAUCUCGUAGGGCAAAGUUCCAACGACAAAUAAAAGCACAGGAAAAGUUAAAAGAAAAAUCUGAAGUGAGACGUAAAAAACAGGAACUAAAGAGAAUGAUGAAGAACUCUAAAGAGAAGGAACAGUACAGUCAAAAUGCAGAGGUAAGACAAAGGAAAUUGGGUUAUAUUAGGACCCGUGAUCAACAGGACAAGCGUUUUUGUUCCAAACAAAAGUCCUAUUUUACACAACGUUGUCAGACGGAUCAUGAGUUUAAGAAGAAAAACCGUUCCCGUUUCUCACGUCGUUAUAGGACAGAUGAGUGUUUUACGAUGAGACGACGCGCUUACAUUACAGAACGUUACCGUGACGAUGUUGGGUUUAAGAACAGACAGCGUUCGUACAUCACAGAACGUUACCGUGACGAUGUUGGGUUUAAGAACAGACAGCGUUCGUACAUCACAGAACGUUACCGUGACGAUGUUGGGUUUCGAAACAGGCAGCGCUAUUACAUUACACGCCGUUAUUUAAACAACCCUGAAUUCCGAUUCAAACAUCAGGAAAUCAUGAGGCGCAUAAUGAAAACAAAAUCUGAUUCACUGAGGACUAAAACAAUACGCAGAGUAAGUACGCUUUUACAAAAAUACAAAGUCAUAAACCAACUAUGUAGGGAGCGAAAUGACUGUGUGAUUAUGAAAGCUGUUGAGCUAUUCAAAGCCCAGAUUAAGAAUGGCCCCACAUUUGUCUGCACUGUUUGCCACAGAGCAUUGUUUCCGAACCAAGUACGCCCUUGUCGACGUAGCUUUUAUAAGAAAAACAGACAUGUUGUUGCAAGUUGUCUCACGGGACAAUUUGUCCAUAUUUGUGAUGAUGAAUGUCAGGCCUCGUGCAGCGUACCAGCUGAAAGAAAACUGGAGUGGAUAUGUCACACUUGCUGUCCUCACCUCAAAGAUGGUAAAAUGCCUGCAUUUGCUGUUGCGAACAAUCUCACACUCUCUGAUAUUCCAAAGGAACUGUGUGGAUUGAACAUACUGGAGAGACACCUCAUUUCAAAAUGCAUAUCAUUUGCCAAAAUCGUACCUCUUCCCAAAGGUCAACAACGAGCCAUUCGUGGAAAUGUGGUGUGCGUGCCAUCCGAAGUACAAGAGACGGUCAAUGUCUUGCCGAGACUAAGAAUACAGAAACAUAACUAUUCGCGACGAUGCGGACCUUUGCGACCCAACCCUCACUGACGAUGAGAGCAGCUCCGAUGAAGCGGAAAUGAGCGACAGUGAGUACAAUGAGGAAGCUCUGGAGGAGAUAUACAGAUUUGAGAGUGAUGCUCUGUGUGGGAUGAACAGUGACUCACAAGAUGACAACAGUGGUAACAAACAGCAACCAGAAAAUGCGGAAGACGGUGAUCAACCAAAUGGUGGAGUGAUACUUGAAUCAUGUCUCCGACCAAAUGAUGUGUCAGAGGAAAUUAUGAGUUUUACAGAGGGCAUUUAUUGUGUUGCUCCUGCAGAAAGAAACAACCCAGUAAGCUUUUUCAAGACUCCCAAACUUGAGGCCAUGGCUUUUCCAGUGCAGUUUCCCACUGGUCAAAACACCCUUGAUGAACAGAGAGCAAUAAAACUCACACCAAGCAAAUAUUUCAAAACGCGUCUGUGUUGUGUGGAUGAACGUUUUGCUCGAGAUACCAACU